UUUUCGUCGACAUUUUUCACGCGUUGAAAUUAUUUAGGAAGUGUGUGUCGGAGAAACGACGGAUAAUAUAUAAACGCAGAUAUAUCUAUAUAGUAUAUUUCUGCGAUUGAAAUAUAUAUAGAAAAGAAAAAAACAUUGACAAUUUAUUGUAAAAAACCAACCAAGAAAAACUUUAAGUGUAACAAAAUUAUUAAAUUUUGUCACACCAACGAUCGUAAUUAGCUACAGAAAAAGCCCAGCAGUAAAUUGAAAUAAAAUCGAUUUAGUUUUCUAUACGUGUGUGUGUAUGUGACUUGCUUUUUUGUGACUGAUACAUAACUUUUUCUCCUCAUGCUAACUAUAGAGCGCUAAAUCAAGAAAAAAAAAAACAAAUUAAAAACUAUUUUAUUUCGAUUUUGAAAACGGACUAAUUCAAAAAACAACAGCGAAAUCGUCGAAAUUUUCCUAAACGGAAAAGAGCCGAAAAAAUAAGAAACUGAUUGGAAAGUAAUAUGAGUAAUGCUAUUAACCAAAAUGGCACAGGUCUAGAGCAGCAAGUUGCUGGUCUGGACUUGAAUGGCGGCAGAGCUAAUAAUAGCAGCCCCAUAACAACUAAAAGUUCUCUUUCUUCAAGCCAAACCGACGUUUAUGUGCCACCACAAUUAAGAGGUGACACUAAUUUUGCACCAAAAACUUCAAAUUCAAGUGAUUCCCGUUACGAAUCGCGUGGCGGUAAUAGAGGUGGUGAUCGUGAUUCACAACGUGGUGGUGAAUUUCGCAGAGGAGGCGGUGGUCGCAACUUCAAUUCACGUGGUGGUGAUCGUCAAAGUGGUGACUUUAGUAACUUUAGCGGACGUCGCGGUGGUGGAAGAUACGACGAUAAUUAUAACGGUGAUACUGAUUCAAGACGCGGUGGUGACGACUGGAAUCGCGGCGGCGGCAGAUCUCAAAAUAAUCGCAACUUUGAACGUCGAGAGGACGGUGGCGGCGGCGGCUAUCGCGGUGGUCGUGACCGACGUGAUGACCCGCCACGCAACAAUCGUUGGCAAGAGCCUGAACGUCGCCCUGAUGAUGGCGGCGAACGCAAGGACACAGAUUCCGUCUCUGGCGAUGCCAGCGGUGGUGGCAGCAACAACAGAGGUGGCGAACGCCGAUAUGGUGGUCGCUGGAACGAAGAACGCCGCGGCGAUAUUGAUUACACCAAGCUGGGUCCGCGCGAUGAACGCCUUGAAGCCGAGCUUUUCGGCACCGGUAAUACCGGCAUCAAUUUUGACAAAUACGAGGAUAUACCCGUGGAAGCGACGGGCAAAAAUGUCCCAAACAACAUCACAUCCUUCGAUGAUGUGCAGCUGACAGAGAUUAUUCGCAAUAAUGUGCAAAUGGCUAGAUAUGACAAACCGACACCGGUACAAAAAUACGCGAUCCCCAUUAUUAUAAACGGACGCGAUUUGAUGGCUUGCGCCCAAACCGGUUCAGGCAAAACGGCUGCCUUUCUAUUGCCGAUAUUGAAUCAGAUGUAUGAGCAUGGUAUACCGCCACCUCCCCAAAACACUCGUGGCUACAAUCGUCGCAAGCAGUAUCCAUUGGGUUUGGUGCUGGCACCAACUCGUGAAUUGGCCACACAAAUCUUCGAAGAGGCCAAAAAGUUUGCCUAUCGUUCACGGAUGCGCCCCGCAGUGUUGUAUGGCGGCAAUAAUACUUCUGAGCAAAUGCGCGAAUUGGAUCGCGGCUGCCACUUGAUUGUGGCCACACCCGGCCGUUUGGAAGAUAUGAUCACCAGAGGCAAGGUAUGUUUAGAUAACAUUCGUUUCUUGGUAUUGGAUGAGGCCGAUCGUAUGUUGGACAUGGGUUUCGAGCCCCAAAUCAGACGUAUUGUUGAAGAUUCGAAUAUGCCCGGCAGGGGUCAGCGCCAAACGCUUAUGUUCUCGGCCACUUUCCCCAAACAGAUUCAAGAAUUGGCAUCUGAUUUCUUAAGUAAUUACAUUUUCUUGGCUGUGGGCCGUGUAGGUUCCACAUCUGAGAACAUUACCCAAACCAUUCUGUGGGUUCAUGAGCAGGACAAGCGUUCGUAUCUGCUCGAUUUGUUGGAAACCAUUCGGGCAGGCAGUGAAUAUUCGAAAGAUUCGUUGACGCUUAUUUUCGUUGAAACGAAAAAGGGCGCCGACGCCUUGGAGGAAUUUUUAUAUCAGUGUAACCAUCCUGUCACCAGUAUCCAUGGCGAUCGUACCCAGAAGGAGCGUGAGGAAGCCUUGCGUUGUUUCCGUUCUGGUGAUUGUCCCAUACUUGUGGCCACUGCAGUAGCUGCUCGUGGCUUAGACAUUCCCCACGUAAAGCAUGUCAUUAACUUUGAUUUGCCCUCAGAUGUAGAGGAAUAUGUACAUCGUAUUGGCCGUACCGGGCGUAUGGGUAAUCUGGGUGUUGCCACCUCGUUCUUUAAUGAAAAGAAUCGUAAUAUCUGUGCAGAUUUGGUGGAGUUGUUGAUUGAAACGAAACAGGAGUUGCCAAGCUUCUUGGAAGAUAUGAUGGCUUCGGAGCGUUCACAUGGCGGCAACAAGCGUCGUGGAGGUGGUGGCGGUCGUUAUGGCGGUGGUUUUGGCUCUCGCGAUUACCGUCAGCAAUCCGGCGGUGGUGGUGGCGGUAAUCGCGGCAGCAAUAAUCGCUCCUCGGGUAACCAAGGAGGCGGUGGUGGUGGCGGCUCCUAUCGCAGCAAUGGCAAUUCCUACUACAACAGCUACGGCAACGAUGGCGGCAACUAUGGAGGAAAUUCAUCAUCUGGUCCCGAUUGGUGGGGCAAUUAAAUUCACACACACCCCCAAUAACAAGAAAAACCGAGGAGAGAGAUGAUAAUAGAAUUUAAAAAAAAAAAGGAAAACAAAAACAAAUACAUUGAAUAUAUUAUAUAUAGAAAAUAAUUAAAUAAUACAUAGUUGAUCCAAUAAAACACAAAAAAAAGAAAACAAAAAUAUCAGAAUACAAACGAAAAGGAAAUACAAAAAAACGGAAAAUCCCAAAAACAAAAACUAUAAGCAAAACAAAAAUCUUUUUUUUUCGUCUUUUGAAAUGCAUACAUAUAUUACAAGAAUAUAUAUAAAAAAUAUAAAUAUGAAAAAAAAUAUUUUAUUUAAAAACAACCACAAAACAACAAACUUUUCUUUUUCCCUCACUUUUUAUUUAUGAAAUUAGUUUUCUAAUAAUAAUAAUAAAAAAAAUAAUAAUAGAAUAUUAUUCAUCACAAAUCCAACGAUAAAGAAGAAAUGAAUUAAAAUCGCUGCAAUUUUUUGAAACUACUAAUUAGAAUUUUCAAAAUACCUAUAUAAUUUUCUAAUUCUUGAAGAAGAAACUCAAUCCAACAAAACCAGCAACAACAAGAAAUAUUAAAACAAAUGCAAAUUAAAUCUAUUUAAAGAAAAUCAUAAUUUUUGAAAAAAAAUCCAACUUUUAAUUUUUACUCACAACAGAACAAUUUUUCUUAAACUAGCAAGCAAAAAAACAAGUAAAUUCAAGAUCACCUAAAAAUAAUUUGAAAUAAUAUUUAACGAAUGAAAAUAUGAAUGUUUUAAAUUGAAAUUAAAAGGUAAACAUAAAAACACAAUUGCUAAACAAAAUUUAAACAAAAACAAUAAAACUAGAUAAAAAAAAAAACCGUAAAACCCUAAACAAA